UUCAAGUCAAAGCCAUAGGUGCAAGCGUGUUUUAGGAAGCGUGCGUGUGUAUGUGCGUGCGAGUAUGUGCUGUAAACUUACGGCUCAAAAUGCAGUGAAAUCCCGACUGACACGUAGUGUUUGUGCAGAAACUGUGCGACUAAGACUGCCGUGAACCCUACUGGCUCAGUUUAUUUUCGCAUAUAUUUGUUGCGAUUGAAACUGGAACCAUGAAGCGAAUCUCUAUUGAGAGGAUUCAGGAGCUGCAACAGCGCACUCAAAACAUACGAAACAUAUGCAUACUUGCCCAUGUGGAUCAUGGGAAAACAACGCUGGCAGACUCGCUGGUUGCUAGUAACGGCAUCAUAUCGCAGAAAUUAGCCGGAAAGGACAGCAGAAAAGAUGAACAAGAACGUGGAAUUACCAUGAAGUCCAGCGCUAUCACACUUUUCUAUCCAAAAGGAGACCUGCUAGUCAACUUGAUAGACUCGCCUGGCCAUGUUGAUUUCACCAGUGAAGUCAUGGCAGCUGUUCGACUCUGCGAUGGGGCUGUCAUUGUUGUUGAUGUUGUGGAGGGUGUUUGUGCUCAGACUAAGGUGGCCCUGAACCUUGCUUGGUCCGAAAACCUGAAGCCGAUGUUGGUAUUGAACAAGAUAGAUCGCCUUAUCCUUGAGAAAAAAAUGACACCUCUGGAUGCCUACAUACACCUCCAGCAGAUCCUUGAACAGGUGAAUGCUGUUGUUGGCGAGCUUUUUGCUGCAGAUGUGAUGGAAAAAACGUCCAACGAAGUAUACACGGACAACUUUACUGAGAACUCUGAUGAUGCCCUGGUUUUCGACUGGACAAGUGGUCUUGAUGACGCUGAUGACUCCACCCUGUACUUUUCCCCAGAGCAGGGAAAUGUUGUGUUUGCCAGUGCUGUUGAUGGCUGGGGAUUCAGUACAUCUCAGUUUGCUCAGUUGUAUGCUGAGAAGCUGGGCAUGAAGAAACAAGUUCUUGAGAAAACGCUCUGGGGAGAUUACUAUCUUAACGCCAAGACUAAGCGCAUCCUCAAGGGGGCUCAGGCCAAGUGCAAGAAGCCUCUGUUUGCCCAGCUGAUUCUGGAAAACCUUUGGGAGGUUUAUGAUGCUGUGUGCUGUAGACGCGACAAGCUGGCCAUGGAGAAAAUUGUGAAGUCGCUUGGUGUGACGUUGACCGCACGCGAUGCUCGUCACAACGAUCCUCGUGUCCAACUGCAAGCCUUAUGUUCACAAUGGCUACCACUGGCUGAUGCCUUUUUAGAAAUGACAAUGCUGAUUCCCAGUCCGGCUGAGCUUCCUGAAGCGAGAGUUGAGGCACUAAUGUGCCCACCAUCUCGUUCCUUUGAUUCUCUCCCAGAGGAGACACGCCAGCUGCGAAAAGCUUUUCUAGACUGUUCGCCAUGCGAUGAAGCUCCGGUAAUUGUUUGCAUCUCCAAAAUGGUCGCAGUGGAGACAAAACAACUUCCCGAGAAGAGAACAAGGCUGCUGAGUCUUGAAGAGAUAGCUCAGCGAAGGGAGCAAGCUCGCCAACGACAUGCAGAGAGAAUGGCCUUGGCUGCUGCAGAUUCGGUUUCAACUCCUGAUGAGCAGAUCAAUGGGGAAUCUGCAGUCCAAGAGGAGGUAGUGUCUCAAGAGAGAGAGGAGGACGAAUCGACAUUUAUUGCAUUUGGUCGCGUGUUCAGUGGCACGCUGAAACGAGGCCAGCGAGUAUAUGUGCUUGGUCCAAAGCAUGACCCAGCAAAAUUUCUUGAGAAGGCUAUGACUGUCGAUCCUGCCCGGAGGCUGAAGGAUUUAGGCCCAGAAGAACACGUUACUGUUGCAACAGUAGAGAGGCUCUAUCUGCUCAUGGGAAGGGAACUGGAGCAGCUGGAAUGUGUUCCUGCUGGGAAUAUCCUUGGCAUAGGAGGACUUGAAGAACACGUGGUGCGCACAGCCACACUGUCCACUUGUACAGCCUGUGCACCCUUUGCGGAUAUGCGGGGCCCUGUUACACCCAUUCUACGGGUGGCCCUUGAGCCGCGGCGUCUAGCUGACAUGGCCACCCUAGUGCGGGGCCUCAAGUUGCUGCACCAAGCUGACCCCUGCGUCCAGGUGCUCCUUCAGGAGACAGGCGAGCACGUGCUACUUACCGCGGGGGAAGUGCACCUGGAGCGAUGCCUCAACGACCUCACUGAAAGGUUUGCAAAAGUUGAAAUCAAUGUAUCAGACCCAAUUGUGCCCUUCCGAGAGACCAUUGUGGAGCCACCAAAAGUGGACAUGGUAAAUGAGGUUAUAGAAGACAAGAAUUCCGUACAAAGGGCACCAAAGGAAGAGGAAGAUGACAGCGUUGCCGAUGAUGGGACUGUAACAAUUUUCACUCCGAACCGGCAAGUCACAAUCAAACUACGAGCACAACCACUCCCAGAGGAAGUCACAGAGCUGCUCGAGAAGCACACGUCACUUAUUCGAGACUACGACCAGGCACUGUCAUCCCGAAGUCGGAAGCUGCCAGAAUCUCUCUCCAAGAACAUUGGGGAACUUCGGAAGGCCUUGGCCAAAGCGUUUGCAGAGAGCGGUUGGCCGGAAGAGACAAUGGAUCAAAUUUGGUCUGUUGGCCCCCGUAGGUGUGGGCCCAACGUGCUCCUUAAUAGGAUUCCUAGGUUUAAGAAGACACCAGUGUUUCAAGAAGGUCUGCACUGUGCCAACUCAGCUAGGCUAGAGGAGGGUGAUGUGGACAUUGCAGGUGUGGAAUCUUUUGAGCAGCAGUGGAAGACUGGUGGUGGUGGUGAGAAAAAAGACAAGAGUCGUAGCUUUGAGUGUGCUGCAAGGGGUUCAACGAGUGGGGUUAAGACAUUAACUGACUACGACCACAGUUUCGUGAGUGGCUUUCAAUUGGCAACACUGACGGGACCCUUGUGCCAGGAGCCAAUGAUGGGUGUGGCUUUUGUGGUAGAUCAGUGGGACCUGGACAUGUCCGGGGAAGAUCCAGGCACUUACGGACCACUUUCUGGCCAGAUCAUCUCAACCGUCAAGGAGGGCUGCCGACGUGCUUUUCAAGCCCAGCCGCAGCGGCUCCUGUGUGCUAUGUACAGCUGCACCAUCCAGGCCACAUCGGAUGCUCUUCGUGAGUGUCUAUUCAAAUUUUUCGUUUCGAGGUCACAUCCUUAG